UUUCAACAAAAGAUAUUUUUCUUUGCAGCCUAAUUUUGAUAAUACCUUUCUUUAUUAUUUUCAACUAAAUUUGAUUUAAAAGUGUUUUGAUUUUAUUUAGUUAAUUAAACAUCGCUUUCAUCAUAGUUUUUAGUUCCCUUUUAUUAUGGGAAUAUUAUGGAAACAUAUUCAUUUGUGAUGGUUAAAAUACCUGUUGUCAUCCAGUCUGAACAACUACCCAGGAUCUAAACAUUUUCAAACUGUUUUUCAUCAAAUUGUUUUUCUUCAUAUUAUUUUCAUAAUAUCUUCCAUGAUGGAAGACUGUGCUAACCCACCACUUCGAGUUUCGUGCGUAAACAAUAAAAAUACAAAAAAUUCCGAUUCUCAGAGCGAAAAAAGACCUGAAGAUCAGAGAGCUCCUGAAAAACCUGUACACUAUUCGUAUUUAAAAGAGUUUAGAUGCGACCAAUGUCCACAGUUUCUUCAACAUAAGUGUACCAACCAUAAACCCUUUACUUGUUUCCACUGGCAUUUCAUGAAUCAACGAAGACGUCGACCCAUUAGAAAAAGAGAUGGGAGCUUUAAUUAUUCACCUGAUAUCUAUUGUACCAAAUAUGAUGAGACAACUGGCAUUUGUCCGGAUGGCGAUGAAUGCCCGCAUCUCCAUCGAACUGCUGGUGACACUGAAAGGCGUUAUCAUUUAAGGUAUUACAAAACUGGUAUUUGUGUUUAUGAUACCGAUAGCCGUGGUUUUUGUGUUAAAAAUGGUGCUCAUUGUGCUUUUGCUCAUGGCAUGCAUGACCUCAGAAAUCCUGUAUAUGAUAUUAGUGAAUUAAGAUCAGCCGAAUUGGGUAAUACCACUGGUCUCACCGGAGAAAACUCUGGAACACCUGGCGAUGCAACUUCUGCUCUUAGUGCUUUAAUUGGACCUAAUUCAUUAGAUAAAGAAAGAAAUGCUCUCACAGAUGAUCCGCGUUGGCUUGAUACUACUUAUGUGCUUGCUAAUUAUAAAACCGAAGUUUGUAAACGACCUCCCAGACUUUGUCGCCAAGGGUAUGCUUGCCCACAGUACCAUAACAACAAAGAUAGACGAAGAUCUCCAAAGAAAUAUAAAUACCGUUCAACGCCAUGUCCCAGUGUAAAACAAGGUGAUGAAUGGGGCGAUCCAACAAAUUGCGAAGCUGGUGAUGCAUGUGCUUAUUGUCAUACCAGAACAGAACAGCAAUUUCACCCAGAAAUAUACAAAUCAACUAAGUGUAAUGAUAUGCAACAAACAAACUAUUGUCCGCGAGGGCCUUUCUGUGCCUUUGCUCACAUAGAAAAUGAAAUGUCUGCCGCCAGAGAUUUGAAUAUGGACAUAAGUACAGAUUUAGCUACAUUAUUGUCAAGUAAAUUGCCACCAACAACAACCACGACAACAUCGAACUCUUCUGGUACCAAUAAUGGAGAAUGUGAAAAUAACAAUAAUAAUAAUUCGACGACGCCAUCAACGGGAAACAAUGCGACAAGUUGUACAACAACCUCUGUUACCACUUCUAACUCUUAUUGUGCUUCAUCAAAUUCUAAUAGCAUACAAACUAAUAAUAUUACAAUAGCUAGGCCUAUUCAUAACAAUAACAAUAACAAUCAAUCUAAAUUAUCUAGUACUGGAAGUAGCAGUAUUGCUUCUUCUUUACCUGAUCAUUUUGGUACAAGUUUCGAUUCAAACCAUUUUGGUAACCUUCAGUCACAAUUGUUUAAUCGAGAAACAGCUUCACCAAUGAGUAAUUUGGGAACAGCACCUACUACCGGAUCCCAAGCUAAUCAUGGUCAAGGAACCAACUCCAUAACUAACUCUGGUUCAAAUUCAUCAGUGAAUCCAACUUCUGGUCCUGGACCAAUAGCACGACCUCGAUCAUAUUCAUCUUCAAAUGCACAUACAUCAAGUAUGGCUGCGGCUGCCAAUAAUCAUAUCGGAGAAACUUUGCUUUCAUCGUAUUUCAAGAAUGUUGAAGAGAAACAAAAUUCAUUUGGUCAAUCAAAUAGAAAACUUUCAACUCCCUCAUCAUCCUUAUUCGCCUCUGGAGCUAACAAUUCUAGUUUAUUUAGUAGUUUAACGGGCAACAGAGACAAUGGGGGUUUCUUUGGGGGCUCUGGUUUUCCUUCAACAGCUGAUACGGUUGAAUCAUGCUUAGGUCAUGUUGUUGAAGAUCUUAGUCUUGAUGAUAUUCAUUUAGAGGCAUCCUUAGAGAAAGAGUUAGGACCAAGCUCUCAAAAUCGAGUUAAUAAUAGUUUAGUUGACUCAGUUGACCCUGUUUCUAAUACGAACUGUGUUCUUGGUCGAAGUCCCGGCCAGCCAAGUCUGAUAGGCUCGACUGCCCCUGUAAAUAUUCCUGGAGCCCGAUUAGGAGGUCACCGAUCCGCAAUAGCAAAUUUAUCUUCGCCACCUAUGAAUGCGUCACCUUUAGCAUCUUUAGGAGCUCAUUCAGUGGGUGCAUUCGGAGUAUCCCCUUACACUAGGACAACAUCUCUUAAUGCUCAUGGAGUCUCUUCAUCAGCUGCUUCUAGCUUAUAUGAUUUUACCAGUGGAGCCAAUAUGUCACCAUCUUCAGUCAAUCCCACAUCAACUGGUAGUGCCAGUAGUGUCGUUCAAGCGGCAGCAUCAAUGUUAGAAAAUCAGAGAUUAAGAGAGGAAUUAGCUCUGAUUAAAGCUAAAUGGAGUAACUGGGAAGAAAAUCUGCUUAAAGCUAGUAAUGCGGUUGAAGUAUGGAAAAGAGAAGCUGAGGAAGCUAAAAGAAGAGAAAAGCUUUUGGAACAACAAAGAGACGAGGCUUUCAUGACGAUCAAUACCCUGAGAAAGGAAGUUGAACAAAUGACCGGUGGUCCCUUUUUACAUACCCUUAAUCGAGCAUCAGAAUUAGAAAACUUGUCUAUUAACCAAUUGAAACAGUUACAGCAACAGUUACGCUCUGAUCUGGAAUGUAUUGAUAAGGAAUUAUCUAGUAGAACGCAAAUAAAUGCGUGAAUAACAAAUUCCAGACAAGAAAAGCUAUUAAUGUCUAAUGCCUGCGCAUGAAAAUCUGUCUCUAUUUUUCCUUUCAUUCUAUCUUUUCUCUUCUUCUCCUCCUUUUAAAUCUUAAAGUUUAUAUAUGAUUAUAUUUAAAUAUAUUUGACGGUUUAUCUUAUAUAAACUGGACUGGAGGUAAACUCAGCAUCUCACCCAGAUAUAUACAACAACCCACAAUUCAUGAAGAAACAAAUCCACUCUAACGAAAUAAUUUCAAGCAAAAAAUGAUUUAUUCUUACUCAAAACGGACCCUUAACCAUGGCCAUCUCAUUUAAAACAAUUUGGUUUCUUUCUUCUCCGUGUGAACGAGUAAAACCGAUGUCAAUCUAAAAGUCUAAACUUCCAAUUGGAAACUCUCAAAUUAAUUCACCAAAUGAACCACUAUGGAGAUGCUAAUUAAGAUAAUAAUAAUGCCAAGGAAAGCGCUAACGAAGAUGACGAUUAAAAUUGAAAAUUGUGGACAAAGAUCAAGCAAAAACUGAUCCAAACAAGCGAAUGGACUAAAGACUGUCAAGAGAGGAAAGGAGAAACAAAAAAAUAUAGUUAUCUAAUUAUAAUAUACAUUUUCAAUGACAGUGGGAGAGACAGUUUGCUCUCUAGAUGUAAACUCACUUGUACAUAUACAUUGAUAAUAUGCUUAUAUUUAAAAGUAUAUGUACAGGUGGGUCAAAAAUAUUUGAUUCAGAAAUAGUUUCAUCUGAAGAAUCGGUAAUAUCAAACAAAUCUAUCUUUCUUUUGUAUUAGAGAAUGAUAAAUUUAAAGUGUGUCUCAUCCUACUCAUCACUAUCACCAUCGCCAUCAUCAUCUCUUUCUCUCUUUUCCCAUUGCAUAUAUGAAGAUUAUCUUCAUCUCUUUACAAGUUAUUUUUUGUUUAUCUUUAUGAAAGUGAUGAAAAACAACAAAUCAGAGCAAAAAAAGAGUUAUUAUAAUAAUUAUUUUUCCAGUUAUUCAGAUAAAGAAAUAUUAUAUUCUCUAAAUUAUAAAUAAAUGAAUCUAUUAAUGUAUGAGACACACUUUAUAUUAAUUUUAGGGUCAAAUUAAUUAACAAGCAAAUGUUAUUAGACUAUUUAGUUAACAAAAAACAAAACAUUUUCUCAUCUUCUAAUCUCAUCUUCUCGUCCUUUCUCACUCUCAAGAUUAUUAUAUUAUUACAAAUGUCAAUCCUCUUCUUAUACUCUCUGUAAACUAUAAUUUUAGACGCAAAGCAACCCAAAAAAUGCCGAGAAAAAAAUCAUUUUUUCACCCAAAAAGUUUAAUAUUUGAAUGAUCUUGAAAGUAAAUGCUAUGUAAUAACUCUUU